AUGUUGAUAAUGAAAGUCCCGAAGUGUAUCAGUUAUUGGCAUCUGUGAGACUUUCGCAGGAAAGAAUUGAGGAGGCUAAAUUGGCUUUGGAGAAGAGUAUGAGUUUCUGGGCGAAUAAAGAUUUAGGUGAUCAGUCUAUGCCAUCUUAUGAACUACGUAUAUCACUUGUCAAGCUGUUAUUAGAAUUGGCUGAAUAUUCAAAAGCUCUUGAUGUCUUGAGUGAUCUUCAGCAAGAAAAUGAUGAAGUAGUAGAUUUGUGGUAUCUUUAUGGAUGGUGUUAUUACUGCAUGGGUGAAGGAACUCAAGAUGAGAAUGAACGAAUAGUAAACUGGAAAGAUGCACGAGAUUGUUUGACAAAGUGCAAAAAGUUAUACCAUAAAUUAAACACUGAAGACGAAGGUAUCUUACAACAUACGAAAGAACUACUUCAGAGUAUAAAUUCUAUUGUACAAAUGGCACCAUCAAAUGCAGAAGAUAAUGAGGAAGUUGGGGAAGAAGAUAGUUGGGAGGAUUUUAGUAGUGAUGAUGAUGCCGCAAAUGAACAGAAUGAAGAUCCCAUGGAGCUAUGA